ACAGGUCAACAAACAUGAAUUUUUAUCAAGUAGAAUCCAAACAAGAGACACAACAGUGUGUCCCUGGUCUGUUGAGCUGUAAAGAUCUUGGCCUGCCCACUGUGCUUGACCAGUACUUAAAGGUAUCAGAGCGUAUCUGUCAAAUUGAAGCAUCCCAAAAAGAUCUCACAGAAGAAGUCAAGUCUCUAAAGCAACAAAAGGAAUGCCUUAAGGAGCGGAUUGACGAAUGUCUAAAAAAAGCUACUGAUCAAGAAGAACUUAAAGAAUUGAUAGCUCAAAUGUUGGGUCGCCUAGAGGCUCAUGAGAAAAAUGCUGCAACACUCAAUGCUGAAAACCGUAUCUGCAAUCUUGAAAAAACUGUUGCAGAACAGGGCAAACUCAUUGAAAAGUUAAAUUCUGAGCUCCAGAUCCAAAGCAAUGAACAAUCUACAGCCAUGUCUGAUCCACCAAUAAUUGACUCAGGAAUCGAGAGUAGUGCCACCAUCAAAAGUAAAAAGUCUAAGCCAAAAGAUAAACCAAAAACACAAAUGCUCUACUUCCCACGUUAUUAAUAGUAUAAUCAUUAGAUCUAUUAUCAUGAGUGAAAAUAGUGAUUCUAAGUUCUUUUUAUUCUACAUAAUAGGAGCUAA